AUGGGCCAAGGGGACGAAAGCGAGCGCAUCGUGAUCAACGUGGGCGGCACGCGCCACCAGACGUACCGCUCGACGCUGCGCACGCUGCCCGGCACGCGGCUCGCCUGGCUGGCAGAGCCCGACGCCCACAGCCACUUCGAUUAUGACCCGCGCGCCGACGAGUUCUUUUUCGACCGCCACCCGGGCGUCUUCGCGCACAUCCUGAACUACUACCGCACUGGCAAACUGCACUGCCCUGCCGACGUGUGCGGGCCACUCUACGAGGAGGAGCUCGCCUUCUGGGGCAUCGACGAGACCGACGUGGAGCCCUGCUGCUGGAUGACGUACCGCCAGCACCGCGACGCCGAGGAGGCGCUGGACAGCUUCGGCGGCGCGCCCCUGGACAACAGCGCCGACGACGCGGACGCCGACGGCCCCGGCGACUCAGGCGACGGCGAGGACGAGUUGGAGAUGACCAAGCGCCUGGCACUCAGCGACUCCCCGGACGGCCGGCCCGGCGGCUUCUGGCGCCGCUGGCAGCCGCGCAUCUGGGCGCUCUUCGAGGACCCCUACUCAUCCCGCUACGCGCGGUAUGUGGCCUUUGCCUCCCUCUUCUUCAUCCUGGUCUCCAUCACCACCUUCUGCCUGGAGACCCACGAGCGCUUCAACCCCAUCGUGAACAAGACAGAGAUCGAGAACGUUCGGAACGGCACGCAAGUGCGCUACUACCGGGAAGCGGAGACAGAGGCCUUCCUCACCUACAUCGAGGGCGUCUGCGUGGUCUGGUUCACCUUCGAGUUCCUCAUGCGUGUGGUCUUCUGCCCCAACAAGGUGGAGUUCAUCAAGAACUCGCUCAACAUCAUUGACUUUGUGGCCAUCCUGCCCUUCUACCUGGAGGUGGGCCUGAGCGGCCUGUCCUCUAAGGCGGCCAAGGACGUGCUGGGCUUCCUGCGUGUCGUCCGCUUCGUGCGUAUCCUGCGCAUCUUCAAGCUGACCCGCCACUUCGUAGGCCUGCGUGUCCUGGGCCACACUCUCCGCGCCAGUACCAAUGAGUUCUUACUGCUCAUCAUCUUCCUGGCUCUGGGCGUCCUGAUUUUCGCCACCAUGAUCUACUAUGCCGAGAGGAUAGGGGCGCAGCCCAAUGACCCCAGUGCCAGUGAGCACACCCACUUUAAGAACAUCCCCAUUGGCUUCUGGUGGGCCGUGGUCACCAUGACGACGCUGGGCUACGGAGACAUGUACCCGCAGACGUGGUCCGGCAUGUUGGUGGGAGCGCUGUGUGCGCUGGCGGGCGUGCUGACCAUCGCCAUGCCCGUGCCCGUCAUUGUGAACAAUUUCGGGAUGUAUUACUCCUUAGCCAUGGCUAAGCAGAAACUACCAAAGAAAAAAAAGAAGCAUAUUCCGCGGCCACCGCAGCUGGGAUCUCCCAAUUAUUGUAAAUCUGUCGUAAACUCUCCACACCACAGUACUCAGAGUGACACAUGCCCGCUGGCCCAGGAAGAAAUUUUAGAAAUUAACAGAGCAGAUUCCAAACUGAAUGGGGAGGUGGCGAAGGCCGCGCUGGCGAACGAAGACUGCCCCCACAUAGACCAGGCCCUCACUCCCGAUGAGGGCCUGCCCUUUACGCGCUCGGGCACCCGCGAGAGAUACGGACCCUGCUUCCUCUUAUCAACCGGGGAGUACGCGUGCCCACCUGGUGGAGGAGUGAGAAAGGAUCUUUGCAAAGAAAGCCCUGUCAUUGCUAAGUAUAUGCCGACAGAGGCUGUGAGAGUGACUUGA